AUGGGGUCUCAAAUGGCCUCUUUUACUCUUGCUAUUGUAUUGACAAUACUCUCUCUCACCUUGCCAUCUCAAGCAAACAACUACAUAUAUUCAUCUCCACCGCCACCACCUAAGCCUUACUACUACCACUCUCCACCACCGCCCGUGCACUCACCUCCUCCGCCUUAUCAUUACAGUUCACCACCACCACCAGUGCAUUCACCUCCUCCACCUUAUCAUUAUAGCUCACCACCACCGCCAAUAGAGAAGCCAUACAAAUACUAUUCUCCUCCACCACCGGUUUACAAGUACAAGUCACCACCUCCACCGGUGUACAAUUCACCUCCUCCACCAUAUAAGUAUUCUUCUCCACCACCUUCUCCAUACAAGUAUCCAUCAUCACCACCAACCGUCUACAAGUACAACUCACCUCCUCCUCCUCCUUACAAAUACAUAUCCUCUCCUCCACCGUCACCAGUUUACAAAUAUAAAUCUCCUCCUCCACCAGUUUACUCACCACCACCACCCGUUUACAAAUAUAAAUCUCCUCCUCCACCUGUAUACUCACCACCACCACCAGUUUACAAAUAUAAAUCUCCUCCUCCACCAGUUUACUCACCACCACCACCGGUUUACAAAUAUAAAUCUCCUCCUCCACCAGUUUACUCACCACCACCACCGGUUUACAAAUAUAAAUCUCCUCCUCCACCAGUUUACUCACCACCACCACCAGUUUACAAAUAUAAAUCUCCUCCUCCACCAGUAUACUCACCACCACCACCAGUCUACAAAUAUAAAUCUCCUCCUCCACCUGUAUACUCACCACCACCACCAGUUUACAAAUAUAAAUCUCCUCCUCCACCAGUUUACUCAUCACCUCCACCACACUAUGUCUACUCUUCACCUCCUCCACCAGUCUAUUCCCCACCUCCACCACAUUACAUCUAUGCAUCACCUCCUCCUCCUUACCACUACUAG